AUGAAUAAGGAUGAGGAAAAUGGGCAUUCAUCAUUAAACAAUACUCUUGAAAAUUCCCAAAAUUACGCUUAUUUAUUAUAACAAGAUUAUUAUGAGAAAUUCAAAAUGGGAUAAAAUUUAUACGAACAAUCAGCCUCAUUAUCAAGAGUAUCAUUGGGGGAAAAAACUAGUGAAGAUAAUAAUAAUACUUACACCUAUAUCAAUAUGAUUCAUUUACAAGAGCGACUGUCAGAUCAGAUGGUGAAAAAUCAAUUCUUGGAGAAUAAAAUUGAAUAGCUAUCUAAAGAAUUAGCAGGGGCUUUAAAUCAUGUCUCAUUGCUGUAAAAAUAAAAUGAGUUACAAUCAGGGUUACUUAAGGAUGCAAAUGUUAAAUUGCAAAAAAAAAAUAAAGAGAUCGAAAUAGAGAAAACCACCAAUCUACAACUCAAAAGAAAGAUAUCAAAUUUAUAAUAAAUAAAUACCAAUUAUUUAGAUUAGGUCGAGACUCUAUCAUUGAAGAAAGAAUCUGUAAUCCUCUCUAAUUACAAGACUGCUAGUGAGUUUAGGACAUCGAACCAAUCAAAUAAUUCUUCUUAAAGAAAAUUAAACUCAGACAAAAUACAUCAAGGUUUAACUGAAGAUUCCACUGUUAAGGAUUCAUCCUGCAGCGAAUAGAAAUCUCACGAUUUAAUUAGAUUUUCAGAGUCAGUCUAACAAUUCUAUAAAUCUUCAAAUCUUCUAUCUCCAGUCUAAUAAGUAUCCCCAAAGGCCUAAAGUAACGACUUGGAAAGUAGAAUAGACUCUACUUUAGCUUAGAUUAGAGCCAUUAGAGUAUAGAUUUAGCAAUUAAAUAAAAAAUGA